AUUCUAAACUUAACCUAUAAAUAAAAAAUUUAAGUCCCAAGAGAUGCAGAUUAUUGGUAAGUUUAGAUUUCGAUUAGAAUCUAGAGUUUAUAGACAAAGAUUACAGGGUUUGAAAAAUGGAUUGAUGGGAUAUAAAAUUGCCACUCUUUAAUGGAAGGUGAAUAAAAAACCCUUUUUCUCCUUCUCCUCUCGCUGUAAAGGGUACAAACCCUACUCUUUCGUCCAGUUCACAACACAAGGCGAGGGUGUCUCCAGGGACGAGGGACGACACUGCGAACGGGUGCAAGUUUCUGUCUCUCCCAUGGCUUCUUCAUCGUUCAUAUGGUUAGUUUUAGGGUUUCUUACAUGCUAGCUCCGACAAAGGUCUCGCCUUUGAAGUUGGGUUUUUUCUGGUCUUGACAGCUAAAUCGGCUUGAGAAACAGGACGGGUUGCUGUAAUAUGGAUAGGAUCAGUUUGUUGCCUGAUGUAUUGCUGAUUCGGAUUCUUUCGUUCGUUCCAACAAAAGAUGUCUUUGGCACUAUGGUUCUGUCUAGACGAUGGCAGUCUCUUUGGACGAUGGUGCCGAGACUUGAGUAUGCUUCUUCCGGCCAUGAGACUGAACGCGGAGCAUUCACAGAGUUUGUUUACAGGAGUUUGCUAUCGAAUAAGGCUCCAAUUCUAGAAAGUCCGUGUCUUCACGUAGAUUCGAGCUCUGCUCGUGGAGUAGAUUUGAGAAUAUGGGUUGGGAUUGCAGUUGAACGCCGUGUGCGUGAGCUCGAAAUUUGUCUUCACGGUUAUGAUUAUGAUUAUGAUGAUGAAGAGAAAGGGAUUCGCAUGCCGGAUAGCCUGUACUUGUGGAACUCUCGAGACUUUGAUACUUCGAGAUGGUGUUCUUGUGGAUGUUCCUUUUCAAUCAUGUUUCCGAUCCCUCAAAACUAUGCAUCUCAUAGAAGUGUGCUAUAAAGGGGAGUGUUUUCACAGGCUUUUAUCAAGUUGCCCGCUUCUUGAAGAUUUAACUGUGGUAUGGUAUUCCCGUAGGGAGGAAAGUUACA